AUGGACGGAGAGACGGACAGCAAUUUCUCUCCAGUCACCAUGGAGGUAUGGAGCUCCUCGGCAUCUGAGGAGGAGGAAGAGGAGAAAAGCAGCUCCAGUCAAGGGGAGGCGGUUGAAGAGGUGGAGAAGAGGCUCAGCAACAGCAACAACAAUAACAACAAAAAAGACAUCUUGUGCAGGGAGGUGACGCAAGUACUGUGUUCAGAGAGAGUGGGCCUGGUCACCAAGACAUAUCAUGACAUUAAGGCGGUCACCCAUCUUCUGGAGGAGAAAGAGCGGGACCUUGAGUUAGCAGCCCGGAUUGGCCAGUCUCUCCUGAAGCAGAACCAGGAACUAACAGUGCGAAAUGAACUGCUGGAUGAACAGCUUGAGAUUGCAAAAGAGGAGAUUGCACAGCUUCGUCAUGAGCUGUCUAUGAGAGACGAUCUCUUGCAGUUCUAUGCCAGCAAUGAGGAGAUAGAGAACUCUGAAUCUCACUCACCAAUUAGGAGGAAUGAGUCGUCCAGUUUGCUGAGCAACUUUGUCCACUAUGACUUUCUGAAGCAGAAGCUCAAGGGACUAGAGGAAGAGAACCACAAACUAAGAACCGAGGCCAAUGACCUGACGACGGAGACCACUCACUAUGAGGAGCAGGAGCAAGAGUUAAUGAUGGUGUGCGUAGAGGAGCUCUCGUCUGUCAAUAAGAAGGUCGGGGACCUGUCAGAGGAACUGGCGAAAAAGGUAGAGGACUCCCUCAGACAGCAGGAGGAGAUCAGUUCCUUCCUUGCCCAGAUAGUCGACCUUCAGGCUCGUUGUAAAGGGCUGACCAGUGAGAAUGAGGAGCUGAACCAGCACCUGACUGCUGCCCGGGAGAGCCAUUUGAAUCUAAAAUCAGAGUUUAAAGACCUUCAGGACAAGUACUCGGAGUGUGAGGACAUGCUACGGGAGGCCAGGGAAGACAUAAAGAACCAGCGGAAUAAAAGCCUCCCGAAUAGCACGGUGCAGCGAUACAGUGCCCUGGCCUCUGUUUUUCCUAUGGCCUCUCUGGCAGCAGAGAUAGAGGGCACCUUCCGCAAAGGCCUGGAUAGCCCGGCUCCACCAGAGUACAAGAACCACCCAUGGCGUGUGUUUGAGACGGUGAAGGUAAUCAACAAGGCCGUAAAGUUGCGGUCUCGGUGCCAAUCCCCAGGAUUGCCAGGCUCCAACCCAGGAUCUGCCCGCUCCAGUCAAACCAGCACCCCAUGUACCAGCUACUAUGGCACUGAUAGCGCUAGCCCUACUCAUGAGGACAAGCCUAAUUCGAGCCAUAUUCACAGAGAGGAAAACAGCAUAAGCGAUGGUCCCAAACGUUUGGGCCAGCCGGGCACACCCGGGGGACAGGACCUAGAAACUGCGCUGCACAACCUGUCAGCCCGCCAGCAGAGCCACUCCUCUGAGCGACCUUUCUUUGAAGUGGAGCGUGAACGGAAACUCCGUGCCUUGGCAGCACACUGUGGGGAGGGCGACAUUUCCAGUGGCUUCCUGACACCCAGCGACAGUGUGAUGUCUAACUCGACGCUGUCUACAGGCACCAAUUACUCUAAUGGCAGCUCACAGCACUCCUGUGGCUCCUCACGUAGCUCUAGGUCCUAUCUGCCUGAUCGUCUCCAGAUUGUCAAACCCCUGGAAGGUUCAGUGACUCUGCACCAAUGGCAGCAGCUGGCCAAGCCCAACCUGGGAGGCAUCCUGCACCCACGACCCGGGGUCCUGACCAAAGAUUUCAGGGAGCUGGAGAUUGAUAUGCAGCAUGUGUAUAGCCUCAACGACCUUGAAGAGGAUGAACCUGACCUUUCACAUCUCCCUGGAGCACAUGGCACCAUGGUCUCUCCAUCUGGUCCAAAUCUCCCCCAGACCUCUCCCACACAUACUCUUACCACGUGUCGAGUCCUCCAACCCUCCCUUCUCAACCCCCAUUUCUCUGCCAGCCUUCACAGUCUCCGCCUGUCAGCUUGUGGGGGCGGUGAGCCUCUGACCACUCCCUCCAUAUCCCAGCGCGAGCACUUAAGCUCUGGCACGGGAGGCUCCACCAUCGCCCCAACCUUCACCACCUCAUCACUGGGACUACUGAGUCUGCUGCAAGAGCGGGGCAUUUCAUCCUCCCCCUAUCCCUGCCAACACGCCUGCCUUCCUCAGCGCUCGACGCGUCCAUACACCACAGCAAAGGAGAAGGUUGACGGCUGGUCUUCAGAGUGCAAUAAAAAAAGGAACGUUUUCAGCUUCAACCUGGUUGAGAAACUGCAGAGUUUGGGGCUGCACAAAGUUGUAGCCUGGGGAAUGGCCAGUCGCAGUGGGAAAGAAACUGAAGCAGUCUGGCACCUAACUUAAGUCUUACGUGGACUGUACCACCACUUUCUUUGGUCUCAUUCACUGUAGUGACUUUGAAUCCAGCCAUCAGCUCUAACUAUGUGAGCUUACAUUUUACCCAAAUCCUCAAUGGUUUUGUCAUGAAAGAAAAGCUGCAAGAUGAGCUUAGAGCCAUACUUUAUUUCUUCAAUGUCAGCGUCAUUUUUCUUUCAGCUUGUGCAUAGCAGGUACGGGGCAACUUGUGACGCCAUCUCAGGACAAUCACCUGACUCAUGUCUGUAACGCACAGAAAGAUCGGUUGUUGUUUUUUUUUAUAUUUUUUUUUUCCUCCCCAAUUGUACUUGGCCAAUUACCCUAUUUUCCGAGCUGUCCCGGUCGCUGCUCCACCCCCGUUGCCAAUCUGAUCCGGGGAGGGCUGCAGACUACCACGCGUCUCCUCUGAUAAAUGUGGAGUCGCCAGCCGCUUCUUUUCACCUGACAGUGAGGAAUUUUGCCAGGGGGAUGUAGCACGUGGGAGGAUCACACUAUUCCCCCCGGUUCCCCCUCCCCCCUGAACAGGCGCCCCUACCGACCAGAGGAGGCGCUCGUGCAGCGACCAGGACACAUACCCAUGUCCGACUUCCCACCCGCAGACACGGCCAAUUGUGUCUGUAGGGAUGCCCGACCAAGCCGGCGGUAACACGGGGAUUCGAAUCGGUGAUUCCUGUGUUGGUAGGCAACGGAAUAGGCCGCUAUGUUACCCAGAUGCCCUGGUUGUUGCUUUUUAAAUCAGGCAAGAAAAAAAAAAACAUGUAGGAAAAAGAAUUUGACUUUUUUAUACUGUGUUAAUGUUAGUUAUUUUACAUGGUAUGAAAGGAUAAGGGGCUCCUCCUGAGCAUUUUAAAAAAAAUGUAUUACAUAUAUAUUUGUCUUAGUUGUUUAAGUGUUGAUGUCAUGCUGUGUAAAUAACAAAUGACAAUUUCAUCAUUUUAGGAACGUUCGUAGAUUAAGUUAUUGUUAUUAUUGGAACCAAACUGGCUGCUGAUGCGGAGUACAUCACAUCAGAGAAAUGCAUUCGAAUGUGCUUGUUGUUCUGCUGUAAUGAAUGUAGCACUUUGUGAAAAGGUCUGUUCAGUGUGCUGAGGUAAAGCCAUGGGAUAAAGUCAUCAAUGAGCACUUCGAUUACCACCUGCCCCAAACCAGCAGAGCUUAAAACACUGAAUUUUCAGGAGUUGCGUCACCCUGGAUAUCACUGAAAACCCCUAUACAGCAUCACCUAAGAGCCAAUUGUAUAGCGCUUACAUUUAAGUAACUGUCAAUCAUUGUGAUGAACUUUUGCUCAGCUUUUCCCCUCCAAGGCAGUUCAGGUAGUUUGCCUACUUGUAUCAAAGAUGAUUGGGAUUGCUACCAGCAAUAAGGAUUUUUAGGCGGUGACUGAAUUCUCAUUCAAGUCUACUGUGUUUCAUGUCGUGGGGAAAUUCAAACUGCUCGGAGAUUGUGAAAUCCAGGUCACGACUGGCAUUCAAAGUGAAUUCUCCCGUUGCUUUCAGGAGAACACCUUAUGUAAAGAGAUGCACGCGUCUUUGUUGUCAGAAGAGCGAUGUCUUAUUUAAAGAGCAUGUUGCCAUUGAUCUUUUUUUUUUUUCCUAGGCAACCAACAGUAGGCAGGCAUAGGAUACUAUGGAUUAAAAAGGGAAAUAUCAUAAAUGCAGAUAAUAAUUUGUAUUGUGACAAUGAUCAACCAAACUGCUGUCUUUCUCUGAUGCUGCAUUCACUGUUUGCUGAAAUCUGUGUUAGAAGUUGUAUGUCAGUGUAUAUAGAAAUUGCAUCACCUCUAAAUUAAACUUCACUCUGA